UUCAUUUUUGCACUUCUCCUCUAGCUACACCUAUGGCCAGCCUGUGCAAGGGAGAGUCCAGCUCACUGUGUGCAGAAAGCACUAUUACGACCGGUGUAACGAAAGCCCCAAAGGAAUCUGUGAAGCUGUUACUGGGGAGCUGGGGACAGAUGGCUGCAUAACUAACGUCAUCAGCACCAAAACAUUCAAGCUUUAUCACGCCAGGAUGUUUGGGUACCUUGAAGUGGAGGCGACUCUCACAGAGGCUGGAACAGGGGUGCAGAUCACAGGCACGGACUACAUUUCCAUCUACCAGGCAAGGGAGUCACUGUGGUUUAAGAACGUGGACACCUACUACAAGAGGGGAAUCCCUUUCUAUGGAGAGAUUCAGAUGGAAAAAGAGGAUGGCGUCCCUGCUGCCAAUGAGACCAUCAGGCUAAUGCUCAACGAGACGUAUGUGGCUAACUAUAUCACAAACGAGAAUGGCACUGCUUGGUUUUCCAUUGACACCUCCAAGCUCUUUGAGGCCAGUUUUACGUUGCGAGCCACAUAUGCCAUAGAUGACUGUCGAGACCUUGGCCUGAUGGAUCCUUACACACCCGAGACCUCCCACUACGUCCGGCGCUUCUACUCCCGCACAAAUAGCUUUGUGAAGCUUCAGCAGGUCCCAGAAGUGCUGAGCUGUGGCCAGGAGACGAGGAUCAUGGUGCAGUACGUUUUGAAUAAAGAGGGAUACGGGGAUGCCAGCCAUGUGAACUUCUACUACCUGGUAAUGGCUAAAGGCAAAAUUGUUCUCAACGGCCAACAGGAAGUCAGCAUCAGCGGUGCUCCCUAUGACACGUUCUUCAUCCCACUGACUGCCAGUGAGAAGCUGGCUCCCACUGCCCAGAUACUGGUCUACACUGUGCACCCUGGGGGCGAGCUGGUGGCUGACAGCACCAGGCUCCAGAUUGAGAAGUGCUUCAAGAAUAAGGUCCAGCUGCAGCUCUCUGAGACGCAAGGGCUCCCAGCCUCUAACGUCAGCCUACAUCUUGCGGCUGCUGCCAACUCCUACUGUGCCUUGCGGGCCGUGGAUCAGAGCGUGUUGCUCCUGAGACCCGAGCAAGAGCUGUCUGCCGACUCUGUGUACAACCUGCUCCGUGUAUAUGACUAUUAUGGCUAUUACUACAACGGGUACAACCUGGAAGAUGGCUACAUAGAGCCGUGCAUCCCAGUCAAAGAAACCUUUUUCAAUGGCUUAUACUACGUGCCUGUGAGUGUGGCUUGUGACAGGGACGUCUAUGAGGUUUUCAGGGUACGUAUUCUGAAUGUUCCCCAAAUAUUGUUGCUGUUGUAUUGGCUCCAGAAAAGGCAAAGCUGGGGGGUGGGGAAAUGAAGGUGUAGAAGUACAUGUCUCUGAUCUUA